AUGGAUGAGACCUGGAAGCUCGCUGACAAAUUUGAUGGUCGCGCGAGGUGCAUGACUAACGAACUGGACAAGGUCAAACCCCCGGUCCACUGGACAAACAAUUUCGACACAAUGGGUGGUGAUUCGGUAUGGAAUUCCGAUGGCUCAGUCGCCAUGAAUCUCACAAACCGUGAUUUGACAGGGACGGUCAAGCCACUCUUUGGCCAGACGGGAACGGAUAUGCCGGCGACGCUUUUCGAGCUCAACAGCAAACACUACAUAUACAUCGAGGGAAAUGGGUUCCUGGCCGAGAUCCUGAACCCGCCCGACCAUCAGGCCAUUACAGAAGCUAUCAAUGGUGGUGAUGGUGUUUGGGAAGUGCUCGAGUUGCAGAACUUGUAA